AUGGACCUGAGCGCCGCCGCCGCGCUGUGUCUCUGGCUGCUGAGCGCCUGCCGUCCCCGCGACGGGCUGGAGGCUGCAGCGGUGCUCCGAGCGGCGGGUGCAGGACCAGCCUGGAGCUCCCGGGGCGGCGGCGGCGGACGGACCCUCGUCCCAGCUCGGAGGAACGGCUCGGUGGUACCUCACCAUUUCAUGAUGUCGCUUUACCGGAGCCUGGCUGGGAGGGCUCCAUCCGUGGCAGCCUCGGGGCACGGCCGCGCAGACACGAUCACCGGCUUCAUAGACCACGCGACUCAAGAGGAAUUGCCGACCGAACCCGGCCAGAGCUUUCUCUUCGAUUUAUCCAGCCUCCCCGACGCGGACGAGGUAGUGAGUGCUGAGCUGCGCGUGCUGCGCCGGAGGUCUCCAGAGCCAGACCCGGACAGUGAGACCCUCCCUCCGCUGUUGCAGCUGUCCUCGUGCCCCGACGUGACCCACACAUCCCACCUACUGCACUCGCGGACUGCCGAACCCCUAGAAGUUGCGCGCUGGGAAGAGUUCGAUGUGACGGAAGCGGUGCAGAGCCUCCGUCGCGAGCCGCGCACCUCCCGCAAGUUCUGCCUGGUGUUGCGCGCAGUGACUGGCACCGGGAGCAGCCCGCUGGUCUUGCGACGACUGGGCUUUGGCGGUGGUACUGGCGACGGUACUGCUGCGGAGGAGCGUGCGCUGUUGGUGAUCUCCUCCCGUACACAGAGGAAAGAGAGUCUCUUCCGGGAGAUCCGCGCCCAAGCCCGCGCGCUCCGGGCAGCCGCAGAGCCGCCACCGGAUCCGGGACCAGGCGCUGGGUCUCGGAAAGCAACCCCAAGCGGACGUAGGCGUAGGCGGACCGCGCUGGCAGGGACGCGGGGAGCACAGGGCAGCGGCGGAGGUGGCGGCAAGGGCCAUGGGCGCAGGGGCCGGAGUCGGUGCAGCCGCAAGCCUCUGCACGUGGACUUUAAGGAACUGGGCUGGGACGACUGGAUCAUCGCGCCAUUAGACUACGAGGCGUAUCACUGCGAGGGCGUUUGUGACUUUCCUUUGCGCUCGCACCUGGAACCCACCAACCACGCCAUCAUUCAGACUUUGCUCAACUCCAUGGCACCCGACGCGGCGCCAGCCUCCUGCUGCGUGCCCGCACGCCUCAGCCCCAUUAGUAUCCUCUAUAUCGAUGCCGCCAAUAAUGUGGUCUACAAGCAGUACGAGGACAUGGUGGUGGAGGCCUGCGGCUGCAGGUAG